AGCAAAUCUCGGAGGCUACUCCGCUCCGGUUAUUCAGGUUGUAGAAGAUCCCAGAAUACGUUCACUGCACCUACGUACGAUUCUUUAAAAUACUUUACGUGUAUGGGGAUUAAAAACGAACCCACUAAAAUACUUCUCGAAAAGGCGGAAGGUGCACAAUCAAGAUGGCAGAGUCCAACGGGAACAACUCUUCGCGACCAUGGAUCAUGAACGCAUUCGUCAUGAGUGCACCGGGUCACCUGGCCCCUGGUCUUUGGCGGCAUCCCGAUCAGGGCGAGCUCACUGUGGAGCACUGGGUGAAGCUGGCAAAGCUGCUGGAGGAGGCAAAGUUCCACGGCGUAUUCUUCGCAGACGUGCUGGGCAUAUAUGAUGUGUACAAGGGGCCAUCGAACAACGGGCCGGCGCUUCAGAGCGCUGCGCAGAUCCCCAUUGGGGAUCCUAGCCUUCUCAUCUCUGCCAUGGCACAUGCGACGAACUCGCUCUCCUUCGGCGUGACCGCUUCGACGACGUACGAGAACCCUUACGCCCUGGCGAGAAAGUUCGCCACGCUGGACCACAUCAGCAAGGGCCGGGUGGGAUGGAACAUUGUGACUUCCUACCUGGACAGUGCGGCGAAGAGCUACGGCCUAGAAGAGCAGAUACCGCAUGACGAGCGAUAUGUGAGGGCGGAUGAAUUCAUGCAGGUUGUUUACAAGCUCCUUGAGGGCUCCUGGCAGGAAGGAGCCGUGGUGAAGGACAAAAAGGCUGGCAUUUAUGUGAACCCGGACGCGGUCAAGCGCAUCGACCACAAGGGAAAGUAUUACCAAUGUGCUGGUCCCAGUCUGCUAGACCCAUCUCCACAACGUACGCCAUUCUUGUUACAAGCUGGAGCAUCAGCGUCUGGGCAGAAGUUCGCUGCAACUCAUAGCGAGGCAAUGUUCCUGCCGGGCUUGAUCCCAGAGAAGACGCGCAAGAUUGUUGACGAUACCAAAGCAAUACUCGUCCAGCAGGGGAGGAAGCCUGACAGUGUCCGUUUCCUCACCGGAAUAUUCAUCGUGGUGGACGAGACAGACGAGAAGGCGCAGGCAAAGUUCCAAGACCUGCUCCAGUACGCAGACCUGGAAGGCACCGCAGCGCUAUUUGGGGGCUGGGCAGCAACGGACCUGGCAAACUUCACCGAUGAUGAGGACUUUGCGUUCAGCGGGCCGGGCGCGAUCCAGUCCAUGAUCAAGGCGUGGACAGACACCGUCCCCGGGACAGAAGGACUCAAGUGGACCAAGCGCAGGGUCCUCGAGCAGCUCGCCAUAUCCGGGGCCCACGCGAAGGCGGUUGGGAGUCCUAAGACGGUUGCGGACAUCCUGCAGCGCUGGAUCACAGAGGCCGGGAUCGACGGGUUCAACUUGAGCUAUGCGACUACUCCUGGUACCUUUGAGGAUAUGAUCAAGUACCUCUGGCCAGAACUCAGGGCGCGGGGCGUGCUUCAGGAGGACUAUCCUGUCCCGGGAGGGAGCAUGCGCGAGACGUUCUUGGCUGAUGGACAAGGCCCUCGUGUUCGGGCGGAUCAUCCUGCGGCUGCAUAUACAUGGAAAUGA